CUAGCAGCUGCUGCCUUCCUCUCCUCCCCCUUCUACCGAUGGAUCUUCUCGGAGAAGCAGAGUGAGCAGAUUGCGUUCUGCUUACAAUGGCUGUUCGAAAGAAACUUCGUGGCGUAUGUGGAGCAAGGAGCGGGGGUAUGCACCUUCUGUGGGGGAGAAAUGGUGUCUUUCUUUGUGCUGCUGGAGGGAGAUUCCUCCUCUCUCUCACUGUGGGACAUGAUCAGGCUGGGAUUGUACUCCAUGCCGUUCAAUGUGGGUUUUGGGCCAACGAUGAAAAUGUUGCGGGUGAAAGGAUGGGUAGAGGACAGGUUGGAGAAGACGAUGCAAGAUCAUGGUAUCAAGAAGGAAACCUGGUCGCUGCAGAGAGUGGUGGUCAAGCCCGGAUGGCAAGGGAAGGGGUUAGGGUCCGCCUGUUUGUCGCACAUGCUCAAUACGGCAGGACCGAGCGAGCACGGGGUGAUCUUGACAACGCAGGAGGAGCCCAACGUUCGUUUCUAUGAGCGGCUGGGGUUUGAGACGAUUGAUGAUGCUGUUUUCGAGUACGAGGGGGAGCGGAUGCCA